CGUCCUGGCGUUCUUUGGUUUCUACGAAAUUUGAACGAUCCAGAAUUCAAUCCCAUACAAGAGAUGAUUGAACUCCCAGUGAUGGAACAUCUUAGACGACUUAUUGCAUCCACAUCCAUCUUCUUCACAACAAUUUUGCUUGUAGUUUACAUCCCGCUUUGCUUCAUAUCACGCUAUCUGCCGUCGAUUUUGCCCUUUAAUUUGAGUUUGGCUGCUGAAACUCCACUUAGCGAGCUCUCACUGGAGCUACUCAUUUUACAGGUUGUGCUGCCAGCUUUACUUGAGCAAACGCGUGCACGAGCAGUUUUAAAGGCCAUCGUACGUACGUGGUGCUGCUUUAUCGGGCGUAUUCUUAAACUUGAGCAUUAUUUGUUGCCACCGGAAGAAAACCGAGACGACGGGCAGCAACGAGCGCCAGCUCCAGCCGAACCUGCUCCCGGUAUACGUCUGGCUGCACAGCACCAAGCUUUAUUGCUUGUACGUGAACCACAAGGAUUCCAAGCCUAUCACAGACCAUCGCAUUUUGCGCUUCGAGUUAUUGCCCUCCUCAUUGCACUAUCGAUCACAACGGUGAUCACAAGCAUCGUAUUUUGUGUGGUACCCGUGACAUUGGGACGUUUCAUUGUGCACAAGAUCUCGGGUCACACGAAUGUGCACGAGCUGUACACUGUGGCUGCUGGCUUGUAUAGUUGUUGGAUUCUGCUGAAACUGUUCUUCUUGGUUAUGGAAUAUGCCCCGAAAGGGACUGCCUUCUUGCUCUCCGCUUUUCAUAACAUGGCCUUAACAAUCGCCAAACUUCUCGCCGUUUCCAUCCCAGUACUGUUCGUAAUUCCAUUGCUUACUGGUAUAUGCUUCCAUUUGGCUGUGAUCAGUCCAAUUCGUGUUGCACCAUAUCAAACGCCACUUCUUUUCCCCUGGCAGCACUGGGCGAUGGGCAUUCUCCACUGCAAAAUAUUCGGUGCUGCAGUGAUGAUGGGACCCGAUUGGUGGAUGAAGAAUGUUUUCGAACAGCUGUACGCGGAUGGUAUUCGUGGGCUGAGAGUUCGUUUCCUGUAUCAGCAUCUGGUAGCGCCAGUUCUCGCUUGCCUGACGAUUCACCUGUCGGCACCACGUGUAAUGUGCUCCCUGAUUUCAAUGAUCAGUGUUGUCACGGAUGAGGAGCGUAUCAUAUUUUUGCGCUAUUCCUAUCCGGCCAUGAUUCUUUGCGUUUUCUGCAUUCAUUUUGUCUAUUGGCAGUGCACCAAACUGAAGGCACUGACUGAGAAAAUACGAAAUGACAAGUAUGUUUUUUUCGAUUCGAAGUUUAACAGCUUGAAUAUGACUGAAAAGAAACUCGCAUACAUUAUGCCUGCUGGGACAGUCGUGUCGGAUUUUACUGCUAAAAAGUACAACCCAUAUUUUAUAGUUUUAUUUUCCAACUAUGCAGCUGGCAAGUGUUACACUUGCUCUGUGCAGUGCUUUACUAUUUAA